CGGCCGCGGCCCGGGUCGCUCUCAAAGCCACUGCCACCCCCGAGAGCCCAGCCAGGGGGCUCCCGGAGGCUGGCGGGGCGGGCGUGGUGCGCUGUAGGAGCUGGGCGCGCACGGCUACCGGGCGUGGAGGAGACACUGCCCUGCCACUAUGGGGGCCCGGGGCGCUCCUUCACGCCGCAGGCAAGCGGGGCGGCGGCUGCGGUAUCUGCCCACCGGGAGCUUUCCCUUCCUUCUCCUGCUGCUACUCCUCUGCAUCCAGCUUGGGGGAGGACAGAAGAAAAAGGAGAAUCUUCUAGCUGAAAAAGUAGAGCAGCUGAUGGAAUGGAGUUCCAGACGCUCAAUCUUCCGAAUGAAUGGUGAUAAAUUCCGAAAAUUUAUAAAGGCACCACCUCGGAACUAUUCCAUGAUUGUUAUGUUCACUGCUCUUCAGCCUCAGCGGCAGUGUUCUGUGUGCAGGCAAGCUAAUGAAGAAUAUCAAAUACUGGCAAACUCCUGGCGCUACUCAUCUGCUUUCUGUAACAAGCUCUUCUUCAGUAUGGUGGACUACGAUGAAGGGACGGAUGUUUUUCAACAGCUCAACAUGAACUCUGCUCCUACAUUCAUGCAUUUUCCUCCAAAAGGCAGACCUAAGAGAGCUGAUACUUUUGACCUCCAAAGAAUUGGAUUUGCAGCUGAACAACUAGCAAAGUGGAUUGCUGACAGAACAGAUGUUCAUAUUCGGGUUUUCAGACCACCGAACUACUCUGGUACCAUUGCUUUGGCCCUGUUAGUAUCGCUUGUUGGAGGUUUGCUUUAUUUGAGAAGGAACAACUUGGAGUUCAUCUAUAACAAGACUGGUUGGGCCAUGGUGUCUCUGUGUAUAGUCUUUGCUAUGACUUCUGGCCAGAUGUGGAACCAUAUCCGUGGACCUCCAUAUGCUCAUAAGAACCCACACAAUGGACAAGUGAGCUACAUUCAUGGAAGCAGCCAGGCUCAGUUUGUGGCAGAGUCACACAUUAUUCUGGUACUGAAUGCUGCUAUCACCAUGGGGAUGGUUCUUCUAAAUGAAGCAGCAACUUCCAAAGGAGAUGUUGGAAAAAGACGGAUAAUUUGCCUAGUGGGAUUGGGCCUGGUGGUCUUCUUCUUCAGUUUUCUACUUUCAAUAUUUCGUUCCAAGUACCACGGCUAUCCUUAUAGUGAUCUGGACUUUGAGUGAGAAGAUGUGAUUUGGACCAUGGCACUUAAAAACUCUAUAACCUCAGCUUUUUAAUUAAAUGAAGCCAAGUGGGAUUUGCAUAAAGUGAAUGUUUACCAUGAAGAUAAACUGUUCCUGACUUUAUACUAUUUUGAAUUCAUUCAUUUGUUGAUUGUGAUCACUAGCUUAUUCUUGUGUAUGUUUUUUAAACUGUGGGUUUUCCUAGUAAAUUUAAUUUAUAGAAAUGAAUGGUAACAUGUAGUAACCUACAGAGGAAAUAUCAAAGUGUUUUUUUUUUUUCAAGCCUAUCAUAGUAUGUGCCACAGGAUUGAAAUAAAUGACAUUGUAAUUAUGAAUUCAUGUUUUAGAACUGUUUACUCAUUAGUAAAGGAAUACAAUGUUAGUAAAGAAAAGCUACAAAAUGUAUGUUAAAGAUUCUUAGUAUUGUACAGGGAUAAAGCAAAUGCAUGAAAAUAUGUCAUGUACUGAAAAUUAAACUUACUGCAGCUUCAGUUAUAAAGUACUUGCACUGUUACGAAUA